ACUCGGGGCGGAGGGAGGGCGGCGGAGCCGGCAGCGCGCAGCCUGCAGCCCGCGCGCCCCAGCGCCGCGAGCACCGGGCCCGCCGGGCAGCGCCGAGCGCAGCGCGCAGCCCCGCGGCAGGAGCGCGGCGGGCCGGACCCGGGGCGCCACCGGCCCUGCCCCGCGCCCCUCGGGCGCUGCCGAGCGCCGCCGGCCCCCGCUUUCUCCUUUGUGACCGGCCCCCGGCGGCCGCCGCGCCGGCUCCGCGGGAAUAAUGCGGGGCGUGUGGCUGGCGCUCACCGUCAGCUUCGUGGCCUGCGCCUCCGGGCAGCCGAGAGCAGAUUUGACCUCUGAUAAAGAUUUAUACCUUGACAACAGCUCUGUUGAAGAAGCAUCAGGCGUCUAUCCAAUUGAUGAUGAUGAUUAUUCUUCUGGGUCAGGUUCAGGUGCUGAGGAAGAUGAGGAUAGUGCAGUGAUAACAACAUCCAGAACAGUUCCAAAGUUACCGACAACUAGUGAUGCAUCCAGGGCUGAGACCACCACAGUGAAAAUGCAGACCAAGGUGCCUGCACAAACAAAGUCACCUGAAGAAAUUGAUAAAGAGGAAAGGCCGGAGGUGGAUGGCAAGAAAAAGAGCGAUGAGCCAGGGGAUGACACGGACGUGCUCACUCAGAAGCACUCAGAAAACCUCUUCCAGAGAACAGAAGUUCUGGCAGCUGUUAUUGCUGGCGGAGUUAUUGGUUUUCUUUUUGCAAUCUUCCUUAUCCUGCUGCUGGUGUAUCGCAUGAGAAAGAAGGAUGAAGGCAGUUACGACCUUGGUGAACGGAAACCAUCCUGUGCUGCCUAUCAAAAGGCACCAACUAAGGAGUUUUAUGCAUAAAAUUCCUAUUUAGUGUCUCUAUUUAUGAGAUCACUGAACUUUUUUAAAUAAAGCUUUUGCAUAGAAUAAUGAAGUUUUUUUUUUUUUCAUUAAAGAGCCGUUAUGGCACCUUUAUGAUAAAACCCCAUUGUAUUUAAAACUUUUCACAUAUUCGUUUAAAAAUGUAAAAUUAAAACUUAACAUUUGCAGUGUUCUGUGAAUAACAGUGGCAAAGCAUUAUUUUAUAAAACCAUUGAUGUUCACUGAAUGAUUUUUAAAACUUUAUGCAUAAAUAUAAAAUAAUGAAAAUUAUUGUUUUAUCCUAUGGUUCAAUGAAAGUUGUUUAAUUUUGGUCAGCAUGUCUCAGAUUGAUCUUACAAGUUAGUUUUUAUUUCAUUAAUUUAUCUGUUUCCAAAAAAUGCCUUUUUGUAGUUGUCAUGGUGCAAUUUGUCUUCAGAUAAUUCAGAUAACAGUAACUUUUAGUGUAAAUGUAAUUUUUCAGCUAUGUAAACUUCAACCUCCACUUUGUAUAAAUUUAAGUGUCAGAAUAUCAAUUUUACACUUUGCAUUGUUUCUCAGCUUACCUGUAGCUUCAGUGAGAUUUGUAACAGCAAUUAAUGUGUAAAAUUGGAUUAUUACUACAAACUGUAUAGUCAUAUUCUUACUAAACAAAUCUCCUGUAAGGAAGAUUUGUAGUAAGCUACUGACGAACCUAAGCAAACCCAAAGACUCUAACAGUAUUUUGAGAAGUUGCUGCAGAUUUCUAUGGCCACUGUAUUUGUUAAUUAUUUGCAAUUUGAAGGUACAAGUAGAGGUUUAAAUUUUUGUUCUUUAAAAAUGCAUUUAAGUUGUAAACGUCUUUAAAGCCUUUGAAGUGCCUAUGAUUAUAUGUGACUCGUUGCAGACUGGUGUUAAUGAGUAUAUAACAGUAAAAGAAAAUGUUGGUAUUUUAUAAGCACAGACAAUUCUAAUGGUAACUUUUGUAGUCUUACUUGGAUAGACAUAAUUGUAAUUUGGGAACAUAAACACUACUGAAUAAAUCAUGUGGCCUAAUACUGAGAA